AGAGUUAGCGUUGCGAACCCUGAUCCACCCCCACAGCCCACAGAAAUCAUUUGUUGGUUGUCAAGUCAAGUCAGUUAUCGAGGUCUUAAACUCUACAGUGUACUUGUCGCUUGCAUGACAUAUGGGUAGCUCCUACCUAGCUGGCUAGCCACUCCCCGUCUAUACUAUAGAUAUUUUUCACAGCCAUGACAUCAUCCAAGGCGACAGAGGCGGCUCAGCCACAUCCAAUGAUCCCAGUGCCCGAAGCCAUUCGACGCGUACUCGAAGAAACGGCAAAAACCAUUUUAUCUUCGAAUGCAAGCGACAGCUAUGAUAUGAUUUCUUCCCAGGCUUCUGCUUCGGAACUACUGGGCAGAAUUGUCGCCGAAGAUCUACUCAUGAGAGAACCUGGGUACCCUCCCUAUCGUGCCAGUAUUAUGGAUGGCUAUGUGAUUCGUUCUGACGAAUACAAACCAAAGGAAGAUGGCACGGACCAGCAGUGGACACAUCAAGUCAGUGGCAGAGUCCAUGCAGGUCCAUCAACCAAUCCAGCGGCACCCGAUUCGUCAUCUCUACCAUCUGCCGUCUACGUGACAACAGGUGCCAGAAUACCCGAUUCCUACGACUGCGUGGUUCCCAUUGAACUCAUCGACGAAUCUGCUGAUAAAGCCAAUAUCACUAUUUCCAGCAAGGCGUCAGUGGAGCCCAAGAAAUGGAUUCGAAAUGUCGGUUGCGAUAUUGAAGCUGGUUCUGUGGUUAUUCCUGCUGGAUCUUGUAUUCAUCCCGUGUCUUUGGGGCUCUUGCAGCAAUCUGGACAAACAGCAAUCAAAGUCAUUCGAAAAACUAAAGUCGGUGUUUUGUCCACUGGAAAUGAGUUGCUGGUGUCCACAGAUUCAUGGUCCAAUCAGCAGGAAAACGGCGGUUUGAUUCAAACAGGACAAAUCCCAGACGUCAACAAACCUAUUCUCUUGUCGCUUCUAAGCUCAUUGGGAAGCAACAGUUGUGAACCUGUCGAUCUAGGAAUGGAACGAGACGAUGAUAUUGAUUCCAUGACCAGAACAAUUGAACGUGCUCUCCAAACCUGCGACUUCAUUCUCACGACCGGUGGGAUCUCCAUGGGCGAGACCGAUAUCGUCGAAGACGUUCUAGUUGGACGCCUAGGUGGUAAGCUGCAUUUUGGAAGAUUGAACAUGAAGCCAGGAAAACCCACUACUUUUGUAUCCAUUCAUCCCAAGGAAAAUGCUUCGCCCAAGCCGUGCCUGGUCUUUGCCCUGCCCGGAAACCCUGUGAGCGCCACUGUCUGCACACACUUGCUCGUACGUCCAGCCUUGGACAUGUUGACCCAAUACAAAGGAAGAAACGCAACUCAAAUGGUGGUGGGCGAAAUGGUUCAGAAUGCUUUCGUUCCACCGGAACUAGUGGCGACCUUAACACACGACAUUAAGCUCGAUAUGGAACGACCCGAGUAUCACCGGGUUGUACUGAACAUGGAAUUAUCUUCCAAUGGAGCAGCAAUGGUGUAUACGGCAACAUCAACGGGAGUGCAGAGGUCUUCGCGAUUGAUGAGUUUGAGGGAUGCACAGGGUCUCCUGGUGUUGCCUCGAGGUACAGAAAGCCAACCGAAAGCAUUGGCAGGACAACAGUUCACCGUGUUGCUUCUGGAAAACCAUCAUUCGGCCGUGAAGUUCAAAGAUUCCAAGCACCUCAAUCACACCGGUAAACCUUCUCGAGCACCCACUAAAGUUGCCAUUACUCAGGUAUCGGAAAAUCGUACAAAGUACCCUUUGAUUGCCGAUGAUGAGUUAUCUGAACGAGUCGCGAAAGCACUGAGCGGCAGUCGAAGUGGAUCAACUUUCAUUGCAUCGAUUGAAAAUAUCGAUGGGUCGUUUUCAGAUGUCAAGAAGUACUUUGACGACAGUCAUAUCUCAAACCAAGCCGACUUUUGGGUUGUUGCUUGUUCGGGUUCCUUUCCUUAUUCGCUGCAAGUCAGCGAGAUGAUACGUGGAAAAGUGGGGAAGGUAGCCGAUGCUUUAGCGCUGCAAGCUCGGAGAGGAGCCGCGGCACAAGAUGGAACGGCUGCUCUGUUUGACCCCGUUGUGGGGUUUAUUAAAGCAGACAAAAGUGAUGGCGGUUGCAUGUUAAUCGCUUUGCCCUUGAAAGGACUGGAUGGCGGCCUUGAGAAUGUUCGAGGUUUAUUGAAACAUGCUGUGAAUGUGGCAAGAGGGAAGCCUCACCAUCAUCAUCACAAACAUCAACACUAAAUAGAAGGACAAACCACUUGUAGCGAAUUAGAAGUCAACUACUAGUAGAAAGUUGUUUCUCAAGC